AUCCUCUUGGCACCAGCCUUUGAGAUAUUUAUAUGCACUAGUGAGAUCCCCUCUCACUUUUCUCUUCUCUAGAUUAAACAGACCCAGCUCCCACAGCCUUUAUUCAUAAGAGAGAUGCUCCAGUCCCUUAAUAAUCUGUUGUCCUCCACUAGGUACUGUCCAACGGCUUCGUGUCUCUCUUGCACUGAGGAGCCCAGAACUGGACACGGCACUCCAUAUGUGGCCUCAGGAGGGGCAGGACCACUUCCUUCGACCUGCUGGCCACAGGCUGUACUGGAUGCAGCCCAGGAUAUCACUGGUGCUCCUGGCCGCCAGAAGGGCAUCCGCGAUUGCGGGCGCCGGCGCGAGCACCGCCCCCGGGCGGUGCGGCCCUGCCGGCCCGACCCCGCGCCCCGGACGCGCUUGUGGCGGCGGAAGGGGCGGGGCGGCUGCGGGCCUGGCGCGAUGUUCCUGACGGCGGCGGCCCGUACAUUCUGGUGAGGAUGAAGAGCGCAGCGGAGACAGGCUACUGCUUCAACAUCAGGAGACUCCGACUGCAGGACAAGCUGGUCUUACUGAGAUACGAUCCCAUUG